AUGGCUUCAGCUACUGCUUAUGCUUCAUCUUGUUACUGUGCUGUUUUCUCUCCCCAAUGCCUUCCACGGCUGUCUCCUUCAAGAUCAAGAAGAAAAAUCACUGCUACUUUCAAUUUUAGUACCAGUUAUCAGUCUUCUUUCAACAGUUUCAAAUACACCCAUGUACCCUCUUUGCCCUUCUUCCCCACCACUUCUUCCUCCUACUUGUCCUCAGCUCGCAUUGGUUUGACCGCCGUGGCAUCGUCAUCGACGAAGAAUUCAAAUACAAACCCGGCUAAUAAGAAGAAUGAUUCAGAGAAGAAACGAGAAGAAAAAGAAGUGGAGGAGGAGGAGGAAGUAGAAGAGGAGCUUCCAUGGAUACAGGAGAAGGCGAUGGACUUGGUGGAGUUCUCGGGCUCAGUUACACAGGCCAUUCCUGGUCCCAGAGUCGGCCAAAGCUCGUUGCCCUGGAUUCUCGUUAUCCCCUUGGCUUAUGUCGGUAUUUCCUUUGUCAUUGCAUUCGUCAAGACUGUUCGCAAGUUCAAUUCCCCUAAGGAGAAGCGCCGCAAAUUGCAUGAGAAUGUGGUAGUGUCCGAUUCCCUCGUGAGGGGUGCCGCCGCGGACACCGCCAUUCCCAUUUCACCGAACGAACGAUUGCAGAAGUAAUUUCACGGGGCGACAACACAUACACCCCUCACCCACCGUCUCUCCCUCUCUCUCUCUCUACCCUUCCCCUACCCCUACCCCGAAAAAUCCAAGAAAAUAAGACACAGACAGACACAUUUCACCCUUCCUUCUAUCUCUAUCUCUAUCUCUCUC